AUGAUGACGACCGCAACGCGGCGCGCUAAAAUUAUUACGCAUACACUCGGUUUCCCUCGCUUUGGUGUGCAGCGCGAGCUGAAGGGUGCAUUGGAAAGCUACUGGAGUGGCGCGGUUACGGAGGAUAAUCUGAGGGAAACGGCGAGAGAAGUGAGAUUCCGUCACUGGCGGCAACAGAUGGAGCGUGGCGUUGACAUGAUCCCCGUAGGUGACUUCCACUGGUAUGAUCACGUUCUCAGCACAAGUCUCAUGCUCGACAAUGUGCCACCACGGCAUCGAACCAGAAACGGUUCCAUCAAUAUCGAUACCCUUUUCCGUGUUGCUCGCGGAUACACCUCUAGUGGUAAGUCAGUGGAUGCAUCUGAAAUGACUAAGUGGUUCAACACCAACUACCACUACAUCGUGCCGGAGUUUACGUGCCCUACACAAACCUUCAGUUUCGCUUGGAAUCAGCUGAUUGAAGAGGUGGAAGAACUGCUAAGUUUAUGGGGGCCUUCAAGAACGAAACCCGUUAUUUUGGGCCCCGUUAGUUACGUGUGGUUGGGGAAAGUAAAAGGUUGUGAGUGGUUUGAUCGCCGGUCCCUUCUACCUCGCAUUGUGCCGGUAUACGCGGAGGUGUUGAGGAAACUUGCCAAGAGCGGGAUUCAGUGGGUGCAGUUGGAUGAACCCGCGCUAGUGUUGGACCUGGAGCAAGAUUGGCUGGAUGCAUUUGAGGCCACAUACAAGGAACUGCGCCGACAAGCCGGUAAUGUGCCAAAAUUGCUGUUGACAACCUAUUUCGAUAGCGUCGGUCAUAACAUGGACGUUAUUAACUGCUUAGCGGUGGACGGGCUGCAUGUGGAUGCCGUUGCGGGUGAUGACGAUCUCGUAGAGGUGGAAAAGAGGUUGCCCGCCUCAUGGGUGCUUUCCGCUGGUGUUAUUGAUGGUCGCAAUGUGUGGAAAGCAAACCUUCAUCAAAUCUACGAGAGGUUGGCAGCCCUUCGUAACGCGGCACCGGCGCGUGCGCUAUGGAUUGGGACAUCUUGCUCCCUUCUGCACUCCCCAAUUGACGUAGGCUGUGAAGUGGGGAUGGACGAAGAAAUAAGGAACUUACUGGCGUUUGCUCUGCAGAAAUGUGAUGAGAUGAACCUUCUUGCUGACGCUCUAAAAACAGAGGAAGGAGGAAGCCAUUUGGUGGAGUACAGUUCACUCCUGCACCAACGGGAGGUACCCGGCGGUGCGAUAAAUGAGGAGGCACGAAAGCUUGCAUCGGAGCUGAACGCCAAAGAUACCGAACGGUCGCUUCCCUACUCAAAACGUGUUGAAGUGCAGCGAAGCUUAAUAAAGCUUCCAUUGAUUCCGACAACUACGAUUGGCUCUUUUCCACGCACAUCCGAGAUACGCAGCCAGCGUUUGUCAUUCAAAACCGGUCUAGUUGAUGAAGCGACAUACAAGCAGCAGAUGAAAGAUAACAUUAAACACAUAGUGGCUGAGCAAGAGGCGAUCGGCCUGGAUGUAUUAGUUCAUGGUGAACCGGAGCGCAAUGACAUGGUUGAAUAUUUCGCGGAACUCCUGAGUGGCUUUGUUUCUACGGCGAAUGGCUGGAUUCAAAGUUACGGCUCUCGGUGCGUAAAGCCACCCAUCAUAUACGGUAACGUGAGUCGACCUACUGCAAUGACACUGGAGUGGCUGACGUACGCACAGUCUCUCACACAAAAGCCAGUGAAGGGCAUAUUAACGGGUCCAGUAACGAUCCUUAGCUGGUCGUUUGUCCGAGAAGACCUGCCAAGAAGGGAAGUUGCACGUCAGGUUGCACUGGCAUUACGUGAAGAAGUUGAUGACCUUCAGAAUGCGGGUAUACGUCUGAUCCAAGUGGAUGAGCCCGCUCUGCGUGAAGGACUGCCGUUACAAAGAAGAAAGCAGCAGGAGUACCUAAAGUGGGCCACUGAGGUGUUUAAGCUUGUUGUGGCGGUCGCACGACCGGAAAUACAAAUACACACUCAUAUUUGCUACAGUGAAAUACACGAUAUUGCUGGGGCCAUCGCGGCAAUGGAUGCCGAUGUUAUUUACUUUGAGGCCACGCGCUCCGACAUGGAACUACUGAGGGUAUUUGAUUCUUUCACAUACCUCAACGGAGUGGGGCUCGGUGUGUAUGACGUCCACAGUCCAAAUGUUCCCAGUGUGGAGACGAUUGUGCAGCGACUGGAAGCAUCUGCUGAGCGGAUUCCACUCGAGCGGUUGUGGGUAAAUCCUGACUGUGGACUGAAAACACGCGGGUGGAAGGAGACGGGGGUAGCGUUACGUAACAUGGUGGAAGCGACUAGGCAGUUCCGUGAACGAGUGAAGCGGCACUUUACUGUGCACUAG